AUGGCUGUUCUAUUCCGUGAUGGUACUGUCCACUUCGCGCUAGUGGUCGGGCUCAAUGCAGCCAACAUUGCGGUCACAUUACUCCUAGGGGCAAGUACAAUUCACGCAACUAUAUAUAAUCACUCAGCAGUGUCUGUCCAGGAAUACCUUGACAUUUCCGGACCCACGGAAUUUAUCAGUACCGUGGUUCUAUGCCGCUUCUUCCUCAACCUCCGCUAUUUUUCCAGUCCGGACGUCAACAACAGCUGCGAGAUGCUUGAGGGCGACACUCAGGCUCCUAACGAUGACUUCGAAGGCGAUCUGAAUGGGCUCAAUGAUGCUGUAGAAAUCAAUAUGGCAAGAGAUCUCGACGACUGUGAAAAGCCUCCCUCAGGUACCAACAAGGCUCAGACUGGAACGACCACUACCGCAGUUUGCAAGCAGGCAACUGGCGAGGGAGGCACUGCCAACCGCGAGUUGCCUGAAGCCCCAGAUGAGGAUUUUCACCAGCGCGUGACGAAAUUUGUCUAG